UUCCUGGAAAGUGCUGUGCUGCCUGAGUACUAGGGAAAGCUGUAAAAAAUACAUGUGGGGCAACAGCACAUCCCCCAGCACCGGGACAGAACCAGCACCAGAACCACAACCAGCACUAGAACCAGAACCACAAACAGCACCAGGACCAGAACCUGCUCCGUAUACACCAGAACCACACACACACACACACAGCAGCACUGCGUUGUACAGCACUGUAGAGCUGUAGAGCUGAGAUUUGCCUGGCAGCAGAGAACCACCACGCUUCCUACCCUACCAAGCCUGGUUCUGCCCGACCCGGUUCUGCCCAACCCGGUUCUGCCCUGCUGGCACUGGGCACUGGCUUUAGGAAUUGAUUAGGACACACAUUACCAGUGAAGGACUGUGGAUCUGAACUAAGACGGAGCUCCAAUUAGAGUGUUUUGGAAAUUAGGCUGGAAACUAAUGCCCACCUGAGAUCAGCCCAACUGGACCUGGGUUCUGCAGAUCUGAACCAGUAACCCGAAUGUGCUUCUGGAUCUGGAUCAUCAGCCAUGGAGAACUAACACUGCAUAAACUCUACAGCCACUGGUACCAGUCCAUACGGGGGGAUUCGGGUCUGUUCCCACACACUCUUCUCUGAAAAGAUUUUGGAUGGGGCACACACAGUGCAUCUCCAGACCAGCAGGGACUGAAGCGAGUUUGGACCAGAGGGGCGGUUUGGGGCCGGAUGCUCCGGGCCGGCCGCUGCCUGAACCCCCAGGGCCCCCGGCGCUGAACGGCCAGGAGAUCUUUCCCAAUAUCCAACCAGAGAAACCGCACACCGCCGUCUGCCCGCAGUGUGGCGCACUGGAGCCCAAUAGAGUGGACUCAACCGAGGAUGCCAAGAGAUUGCAGAACGCCAUGACUCACCUCCACGAGUCUGGCUGGUACUGGGGAUCAAUAACGGCUGCCGAAGCUAAGCAGCUCCUGAGCGAAGCUCUGGACGGGGCUUUUCUGCUGCGGGACAGCUCCAACCCGGGCUACCUCCUCACCCUGUCCGUCAGGACCUCUGUAGGACCCACCCACCUGCGGAUCGAGUACACCGGGGGACAGUUCGGCUUCGACUCGGUGGUGAUGGCUCGGCCUCACCUGCGGCAGUUUAAAGGUGCGGUGGACCUGGUGCAGCACUACGCUCUGGCUUACCGGCGGCAAGCCGCCCUCAGGGAGCCGGAGACCGACCCGCACCUACAGGACGCCGCGGUCCCGCCCGCCUCGGACACGACUCUGCAGCUAAAACUGACCAGACCACUGCAGAAAUCAGCCCGCAGUCUACAGCACCUGUGCAGAGUGAUCAUAAACCAGCACUCACGCAAUCACCAGGACUUACCCCUGCCCCAGAGACUCAAACACUACCUGCUGGAGUACCCCUUCCUACUAUAGACCCGACUUAAACCACCAUGAUGAACAGAUUCACAUCUUUAUAUCAUUUCCACAUGAAUAAUAUAGUAUAUAUAUAUACUUUAUAUAAAUACAGCUCUGGAAAAAAUGAAGAGAGCACUUCAGUUUCUGAAUCAGUUUCUCUGAUUCUGCUAUUUAUAGGUUUAUGUUUAAGUAAAAUGAACAUUGUUGUUUUAAUGGCUGAAAUAAAAAAAAAGUUGCAGAGCUUUCAGAACUCAAAUAAUGCAAAGAAAACAAGUUCAUAUUCAUAAAGUUUAAAGAGUUCAGAAAUCAAUAUUUGGUGGAAUAACCCUGGUUGGUUUUUAAUCACAGUUUUUUUCAUGCAUCUUGGCAUCAUGUUCUCCUCCACCAGUCUUACACACUGCUUUUGGAUAACUUUAUGCUGCUUUACUCCUGGUGCAAAAAUUCAAGCAGUUCAGUUUGGUGGUUUGAUGGCCUCUGAUCAUACAUCUUCCUCUUGAUUAUAUUCCAGAGGUUUUCAAUUUGGUAAAAUCAAAAACAAACUUAUUAUUUUUAAGUGCUCUCUUCAUUUUUUCCAGAGCUGUAUAUAUAUAGUACCAGUCAAACGCUUGGAAACACCUUAAAAUCCAGAAUAUGUUUUAUAUUUUAGAUUCUUUAAAGUACUGUAGCUCCUCUUGCUUAGAUACAAACAAUUUUGAGCAUCUCUGCUGGAUUUUCUCAGUCAGUUUUAUGAGGUAGAGUCUCCUGGAAUUCAGGCUUUCAGUUAACAGCUGUGCUGAACUCAUCAAGAGUUAAUUACUUGAAUUUCUUGUCUCUUAAUAACGUGUUUGAGAGCAUCAGUUAAAGUAAAGUAGUGAAGAGGUAGAGUUACAGGUAUACAGUGAAUAGUGAAUAUUUGAGUAAUGAAGCAAGAACUACUCAACUAAAAAAAAACAGUCAGUCAUUCCAAAAAGAAGUUGACAUGGUGAAACUGGCACUCAUCAGGGCCACCCUAGGAAAGCAAAGGAAGAGUGAGAGUAUUUUCUGUUGUACAGAAUAAGUUCAUUUAGGUUUGUUUUAAACUCUUUUAAGUUACUACAUGAUUCCUUAUCUGUUCCUUCAUAAUCUGAUAGAUCACUUCACUAUUCAUUUACUAUGUAGGAAAAACGGUAAAUAAAUCUCUCUUAUUGGAAUAAGAGUACUGUAGAGUACUAAUGUACUGUAUAUCACACGUACACAUCACACAGUUAGUGCCAAAACUGAAGACAAAUAUAUAUAAUAUAUAAACUCAUCCUUAAAUAAAUAUAUGCAAACAGAAGGAAGAUAAAAGACAACAGGAGUGUAAUAAAUAAAUGAUUUAAAUGUUUAUUGAGCCACACAUACAGUAAAGGCUGGUUUAUAUUUCUCUGCAUUGCCUACAGUGUAGAUGUAGAGGGUUGUAGAGGUUCCUAAUGUUCCUCCUGUGAUAAUCCAUCCCAUAAUAACUCCAUAUUCCAGCAGCUGGACAUGGUAUAGUAUAUUCUAGUGUCAGCAGCAUGUGGGUGAGCAUAGAGCUGGGCGGUAUAACCAAAAACGUAUAUUACAGUAUUUUUCAAGAUUCUGACAGUUUUACAGUAUAUCACAGGCCAAUGAAAAAUUAAAUAGGCUUUUUAAAAACUCACCUCUAUCACAUUCUGUGGUAAAUAAAUAUGUUCAGAACCCUGUACGUUUUAUUCUGUGUACCUCCUAAACAAGUAAUGAAAUAUACCACUUUAAAUAAUA